UGAUGUUCCGAGCUAACUGCGGGUGUUUGUUCGCUCCGGAGUUUGCAUACUCAUCAACGUGAUAUAUAAUGCUGAUAUGAUAGCGCCCCGAACAAAUAUUAUCCACGGCCUUUCUCUGUUGUAUAGUCUCGUUGAAAUGGAUGCUACCGAAAGACAGCAGUUGUUGGCUGCACGCACGCACUCGUACGUCAUCCUUGUGGCAAACAGUAUUCUGAUGUACGACCAUAUGGCAACCCUCACAGAAGAAAUCAUUUUCAUCUGGCGUCGUCCAAAAGCACUGUCUGCAAUAUCAUUUCUUGUCAAUCGCUAUUUCGCACUGCUCGGCAAUAUCUAUGGCUUAUUCAUUGCCUUCAUGCCCAUUCCAGAUCAGAGGUGUGAACUCCUGACUCUUGAAUAUCUGUCCUUUCGUUCAACAAACGCUUAGCUGUUCGAAAUACAUGCUAUACAGACAGCUGUUCAUUUUGUUUCAACAAUUGAUCGUUUGCGUCAUAUUAAUUAUUCGCACUUAUGCACUCUACAACUGUAGCAAACGCCUGCUUAUCUGGGUUACGUUGAUCUUCAUUGCUCUUGCGGGAGGUUCAUCCG